AUGAGAGCGCCGCUGCUGGUCGCAUCAGUCGUGCUGCAGCAAUGCGGCACCAGUGCAGCAUACCGCAUCCACACGGCGGACGAAGCCGCCAUCUACCGCCUUCUUGGCCACCCCGCUCUGGGGCCCCUCAGCAAUUUGGCCGCGCAGCUGCAGCUGCUGGAGGCGGCGACUCCUUGCCUGCUGCGCGCUGCAGCAGAGGACCCCGAGGCAGCUGAGUGUGCGCAGGCGCUGCGCCUGCGAUCUCGCCAGCUCCGGCCGAUCUUGAAAGAUCCAGCGGCCCGCGGGGAAGCUGAAGAUGAACAGGCCCUGCUGCUGGCGGAAAGCGCGCGAGAGGUGCACGAGGCCGUGGCCCAGUCUGGCGGCUGCGCCGAGCUGCCAGGCGUGGACGUCGAGGAGGCCCUAGAGGCUGCGCAGCUCGAAGCAAAAGACUCACCAGCUCUGCGGCAAACGCCGCCCGGCUGCAGCAGCAGCAGCAGCAGCGGCAGCAGCUGCAGCAGCAGCGCCGGCAGCAGCCACAGGCUCGCAGAGCGCUUCGUUAUUCAAGAGUUCAUUCCGCACUCCGAGGCCCUCUUCAGCAUUUCUGAAGGACUCAAAGACCUCGGGGCCCGCGGGCACCCCCAUGGAGGAGCUGCUGCGCUGGAGUUUCUCUCGGAAAGCUGGAAAAGUGUCAAAGACAAAGUUGCUGCUGCUGGCAGCAGGCUGCUGCAGCAGGUGAGGCGGGCGCGGCAGGCUGUGCAGCAGCAGAGCAGCAGCGGCGAGGCGCAGCGGCUGGCGGCGCUGGCGAAGUACGCAGAAAAGGUGAGCGACCUACGAAAGCGAAAGCAGCAAAGAAUUAUUCUUUCAAUUGAUUUAAUUCAAUUUAAUCUGCAGGACCUGGCCAAGAAACUCAAGGCGAUGCAACUCGCUUUCGAAGUGGAAACAGUUCUUCCUCACCUCCAGUACCUCCACUCCGACUUGGAAAGCGCGAAAAAUAAGCUGAGCCUGCAGACAGAGGUGGAGGGGCUGCUGCGGCGCGUUAGAGCGCAGGCGGCGGCGGCUCUGGGGCUGCAGAACAAAGCCAAAGAAGAAGAUCAAAUGGACUUGAUGGCGCCUCUUGUUCGUUUUCAGGAUUUGGUGGAUUACACGAAGUCGGAGGAGAAACAAGACAGGUUUCUGCACGAGCUCAGCCGCCUCAGAAACCGCCUGCGGAAACUGCACCAAGAGGCAGCCAGACUGCGCAGAUGA